GAAAAAACGAAAAGCUGGAGAAGAAGAAGAGAAGGAAGAAGACUAUCGAAAUGACUUUGAACCGACUCCAUUCGGACCGGAUCCAUUACAAGAUGGCAAUUUCACCAUACAGGAUGAAGAUGGGGAAGGCAGUGCUCAUGCUGAAAUGGAUCAAUCUAAUGAUGGACACAUCAAAAAACAAGAAUACAUGGCCAGUGAAGCAUACAAGCCAAACACGUUUGGAGGCUUUCGAGAUUAUAUGAAAAACAAACGACUAAAAUUAAAGGUACAAGAAAUCACCACAUCAAAACAUCAAUAUCAAAUCUUAUUCACAGGCGCAAACAUAUACAUUAACGGUCAUACAAAUCCACCUUAUGGCGAACUUCGAAGGUUGAUUCAUUUACACGGAGGUGAAUUGAUGCCUUAUUUGGAUACAAAAUCUACCGUUACCCACAUAAUUGCGUCAAACUUAACAGCCAAAAAACGAAUCGAAUUUAAAGAUUAUAGAGUCGUUCGACCUGAAUGGAUUACCGAAUCAAUCGCACAAGGUAAAAGGCUGGAUUGGAGAGAUUUUCGUUGUAGCGAAGAUUCUACUGGUGCAAUGAAUGCAGGUGCUUUGGGCGCACAAUCUAUCGUUGGACAGAAGGAGGCUUUGAUUCAAGCUGAAAAUGCGAAGAAGAAGCUUGAAGAUGCAAGAGCGGCUGCAGCUCCACUUGCUGUUGCUGCCGGCUUGCGCAACGUCAAUCAUCCGUAUUCCUCUCGACCCUCGAAUUCAAAAGCUGCUCAAUUGAUGGCCUCACCUUCUUGGCGAGAGCGUAAUACAGCAACGAGUGAUAGUUUCUUACAAGGCUAUUUUACCAAAAGUCGAUUGCACCAUUUGAGCACAUGGAAAAGUGAAAUGCGUGAAAUGGUUGGUCAAGCGUUGAGAGAAGCAAAAAGGGAAGAAGGAAGCGUUGAUUUGCCUGUAGGAAUGGAACGUGUCAUCUUUCAUAUCGAUUUUGAUGCAUUCUUUGUCAGUGUUGGUUUACGCAACCGACCAAAUUUACAAAAUCGAGCAGUUGUCGUCUGUCAUGCCGAUUCUGAAACGCCGGGAAAUUCAAGUACAUCCGAAAUCGCAUCUUGCAAUUACGUCGCACGUGGUUUUGGUAUUCGGAAUGGAAUGAGUUUAGGUCAAGCUAGAAGGUAUUGUCCUUCGAUUGCCACGAUACCUUACGAUUUUACGGCUUACAAUGACAUCGCCAUCAAAUUCUAUACCCUCUUGCUCACACAUGCUGAUGCGAUCGAAGCUGUGAGUAUUGAUGAAGCUUUGAUCGAUACUCUUAUGACAUCCUACAAAGAUCAUCAAAGCAGUCAAGGUGCUAGCUGGACAGAAGAAAAACAAUUGGCAGAAGCAUUACGUGAUGAGAUUCGAAAGCAGACCGGCUGUGAAGCAAGUAUAGGGAUUGGCUCGAAUAUCUUGCUUGCCAGACUUGCAACUCGAAAAGCAAAACCUGGAGGAUCUUUUCAGCUUGGAGAUGAUGAAGUUUCCGAAUUCGUUCAAAAAUUGGACAUCGAUGACCUUCACGGUGUAGGUUGGAGCAUUCGAAACAAAUGCAAGGAUAUUUUUGGAACGUGUAACGUCGGUGAGCUAAAGGACAAAGCAUCAAAAUCAAGAUUUGUCGCUCUGUUCGGCGAUAAGCAUGGAGUGACUUUAUGGGAAAAGCUACAUGGUAAAGAACGUGAUAAAUUGGAAUCUGUCAAGCCGAGACAAAGUUGCGGUGCAAGCGUCAAUUAUGCCAUUCGAUUUACCACUGAGGAUGAAGUGAAGGACUUCAUUCGCCGAUUGAGCGCAGAAGUAUCUAAUCGAUUGAAAGCGAUCAACUUGGUGGGCAAGAUAUGUUGUGUUUCACUCAUGGUUCGCAGUAAAGAUGCUCCAGUAGAAGCGCCAAAGUUCUUGGGACAUGGCAUUUGCGAUUCAUUCAAUCGAAGUACACCGCUCCCUCGACUAACAGAUGAUAGCGACAUCAUCUUUAACACCGCAUGGAAAUUGAUCUCUGCCUUGAAAGUGAAGCCUGAUCAUUUACGUGGAAUGGGUGUAAGCCUGCAAAAGCUCGAGCCAAAGGAUAUGAUUCAUACGCCGGCCAAAAGAGAUGCAGGCCAAUCGAUGCUGAAUUUCAAGAAGCAAGAAAAGCCACCGGAGAAGGAUGAAUCCUUUGAUGAUCACAAAGACAUUCGAGAUGAACCGGAAGAUCCUGCGCCCAAAGUGCAAGCUAUGCCUGCUGGUACGCAAUUUGUCAUUCCACCUAUUUCACAGCUUGACCAAAGCGUGUUAUCGGCACUGCCAGAGGCUAUUCGAGAUCAGAUUUUGAACAAGCAGGCAAAUAAUGCCAAUUCAACAAAGCCAGCAGAAGAGCCUGCCACCAAGCCUGAUAAGGAGAGGGGUGCUUCUCCAACAGAUAGCCCAGCAUCAUCUGUCACAGCUACUCCCAAGAAGCAGCGAAUGAUUGACCCAUUCGAGCGAAUGCGUGCAGCUUCAAUGACGCCAACAAAGAAAGCAAAAAUGAAGAAGGGUACAAUCAACCCUAGAAAAGUGACAAGAGAAGAAUUGAUUGAGUUGGAAAUUGAUCCAGAUGUAUUUUCUGCUUUACCUCUUGAUGUGCAAAGGGAAACACUUGAUCAACAAUCCACUUUGGUCGCAGGUAAAAAAGCACGAUUCAAAAUGGGUAGACAUGCAGAUGAUUUGACUUAUGCUCAACAAAGGAUAGCGCAAAGAAAGAUUGCCGUUCCAGAAGAAUCGGAAGAGGCGAACCAAUUACGUGCGAUUCGUAAAUCUCAUAAGAUCAAUUCGCAAAUUGCAAUAAAGGGUAAAUCAACUACCCAAGAAAUUUGUGAAUUGAUCACUGCUUGGGUCGAGAGGUUUGCUCAUUCGGGACCUCGCGAAAGGGAUGUUGAUCGAUUCAAAAAGUUCUUGAUCGAAUGUUUAGAGGGUUUGAACACUAGAAAAGCAUCGUGUGAUGCACCUGUUGAUGGUCUCGAAAGGGUGCAUGCAGUGCUGACGUGCUGGACAGGAUUAUUGCGAAGGAUAGAGUGGAAGGUAGAGGAAAAUUCUACCAAGCAGAAAUGGUGGGAUACUCUAGAUGGAGUUCGUGAAGAGGUGAACAAGAGUAUCCAGCGUAGAUUUGGCGCACCAUAUUCCAUCAAGAUUUGA